CACAUUGACGUCUGAUCGCUGCGUGCAGGCAGUGUGCAGUGUUGGUCUGAGGUGUUUAAGAAUGUAGAAAGUGUUUAAGAGCAUAGGAAGUGUUUAUAAGAGCGUGGGAAAGGUUAACAAGAGAGUGAGAAAGGUUUAUAAGAGUGUGGGAAGGGUUUAUAAAGCCUUAAAAUAUGUAUAAAUAAUAAAAUAAAUAUAGGUCGCUACUUCGCGGAUUUUCACCUAUCGCGGGGGGCUCUGGAAGGUAACCCCCGCGAUAGGUGAGGGAUUACUAUACGUAUGUUUUUCACUUAUUCUGCAUGAAAAUAUGACAUUGAAAAAUGUUCUCGGCCAUCACUACAAUCUACAUGGGUUAAAGCCAAGGGCAAUUUUAACCAAAGGAGCCUGCUGGACAGGUGAAUGGGUGCAAUGGAAGAACAACCAAGAUGGACCAGGUUACCUUGGCAAAAACUGGUAUCAGCUGAAGCUAGCUUGAUUUCAGAAGAGCCAGCUAAUAGAUACUGUAGAACAUAUUUUCCUUCAAAGUCUGGAGGCAAAUGUAGAACUGUAUUACCAUGUCUUGGAGAUGCCUGUGACGACUAUGGAAACAUAUCAAAGUCUUACAUGAAUAACACAAUAAGAACUACAAAAUACACAUUACUGAAUUUUAUCCCAAUGAACUUGUUUGAACAGUUCCACAGGGCGGCCAAUCUUUAUUUCCUUUUUAUUGUGGUACUCAAUUGGGUCCCUGUGGUGGAAGCUUUCCAGAAAGAAAUCACAAUGAUUCCCCUUAUUGUUGUUCUGACAAUCAUUGCAAUUAAAGAUGCACUUGAAGACUACAGAAGAUACAAAUUUGAUAAGCAAAUUAACAAUAUGACUACAAAAGUGUAUAGGAGGAAACAUCACAUGUACAUUGAAAGGUGCUGGAAGGAUGUCCAAGUUGGGGAUUUCAUCAGACUCUCGUGUAAUGAAAUCAUUCCAGCAGAUAUGGUGCUACUUUAUAGCUCUGACCCAGAUGGUAUUUGUCAUAUUGAAACAUCCAAUCUAGAUGGAGAAACAAACUUAAAACAAAGAUAUGUAGUGAAAGGAUUUUCAGAGCAGGACUUUGAAGUGAAUCCUGAACAGUUUACUAGCAAAAUUGAAUGUGAAAGCCCCAACAAUGAUCUUACCAGAUUUCGUGGGUUUAUGGAACAUAACAGUAGAGAUCGUGUUGGCCUUCAUAAAGAAAACCUACUUUUACGUGGGUGCACUGUAAAGAAUACUGAGACAGUUGUUGGCAUUGUUGUCUAUGCAGGACAUGAGACCAAAGCAAUGCUGAACAAUACUGGACCACGUUAUAAGCGAAGCAAAUUGGAAAGGAGGCUAAAUGGAGAUAUACUAUGGAGUGUUGUUCUGCUUCUGUUGAUGUGCUUGACCACUGCCAUUGGCCAUGGCCUCUGGCUGAACAGCUUUGCAGGGACCCCUCCUUUUUUUGUGCCAGAACCUAAUGGACAGCACAUAUCACCACCUUUGGCAGGGUUUUACUUGUUUUGGACAAUGAUCAUUGUUUUGCAGGUGCUAAUACCAAUAUCACUUUAUGUUUCAAUCGAAAUUGUAAAACUGGGGCAGAUUUUCUUCAUUCAGAAUGACAUUGAUUUAUACAAUGAAAAGCUGGACAGUACUAUUCAGUGUCGUGCUCUUAACAUUACAGAAGACCUUGGUCAGAUCCAGUAUAUAUUUUCAGACAAAACUGGAACACUUACUGAGAACAAAAUGGUUUUCCUACGGUGUAGCAUAGCUGGUGUGGAGUACUCCCAUGAGGACAAUGCUAAAAGACUGGAGUUGUAUCAGGAUGUUGAUUCAGAUGAUAUGAAAUAUCAACCCCAAAUAUCUCCAAGUCCUCAGUCUGCCCUAAAUGUAGAGAGGAAGUCCCUACAUGACAACCAAAAUUGUACCUCUACGAAUAUACAGAAAAGUGGCUACAACCAAGAAGGACUGAAAAAACAAGACGUUCAUUGUUUGCGACAAGUAGCAUUCAGCAGCAAAAUGGAGAAAGAGGUGGUACCUGAUCCUCGCCUUUUGAAGAAAUUUGAACUUCUGUCAUCUCAAAAUCGUUCUUUAAAUGGCUUUAUUGGCAGUAAUUCACAUGAAAUUGCAUAUAUUAUGGAUUUCUUUCUUGCUUUAGCAAUUUGCAACACAGUUGUGGUGUCCUCUCCCACAGAGCCAAGACAAAAGGCUGGAAUUCCAUGUGUAGGCCAAACUCCACUUAAAUCUUUUGAGGAAAUCAAGCAACUCUUCCAAAAGUUUUCAGUUCAGCGGUUCAGCUCCCCAUUACCCAACUUAAAUGACCAACCUUCACCCUCUGGAAGCUCUAGUAGACUUAACAUUUUUAACAAAAUAAGGACCUCCGCACCUACUGUAGUUGAAGAACAGGAAUCAGCUUCUGAAUCUGAAAAAAGCAAUUUUGAAAAAGAAAAUAAAUCUUCAUGUCAAGAGAAAUCUCAGAAAGAGAUGCGAAGUGUUGAUGCUACUUUUUCCUUUAGUGUGGACCCUCAUUGUGGACUUCCUGUCUCAGGAGAACUGAAUUACGAAGCCGAGAGCCCAGAUGAAGCUGCUUUAGUUCAUGCUGCUAGAGCAUACAAGUGCACUUUACGUUCUAGGACCCCUGAACAUCUGACAGUAGAUUUAUUCUCAGUGGAAAGUUUGACCUUUCAGCUAUUACACAUACUGCCUUUUGAUUCAGUGAGAAAAAGAAUGUCUGUAGUGGUGCGACAUCCAUACACCAACCAAAUUAUUGUUUACACUAAGGGUGCUGAUUCAGUUAUCAUGGAUCUGCUGGACGGAUCAUCAAAAGGAAAACAACAAAAAAGAAUAAAAGAACAAACCCAGAAACAUUUAAAUGACUAUGCCAAAGAUGGACUACGAACCUUAUGUAUAGCCAAGAAGACUCUUACAAAUUCUGAAUAUGAGGAGUGGUUGAAGGACCAUUUUUUGGCUGAAACUAGUAUUGAUAAUCGUGAGCAACUUUUGCUGGAGUCUGCACUGAAACUGGAGACAGAUUUAAUUUUGUUAGGUGCCACUGGUAUAGUUGAUCGUCUUCAGGAAGGUGUUCCUGAAACUAUUGAAGCACUACAAAAAGCUGGGAUAAAAAUCUGGGUUUUGACUGGUGACAAACAAGAAACUGCUGUUAAUAUUGCGUAUUCUUGUAAAUUGCUGAGGCCUUCUGACAAAGUGUUCACCCUGAAUUGCACAAGCAAGGAUGCUUGUGAAGCUUUGAUUAGUCAGAUUCUGAAAAAUAUUGAAGAUAAUGAUUCUGGAACCAGUGUCUGUCAAGCUCCCAACUAUAGCUUGGUUAUUGAUGGCAAAACUCUAGAGUUUACUCUCCAAAAGAGUCUUGAGGAAAUGUUUUUAAAUCUAACCAUUAAAUGUCGAGCUGUUGUGUGCUGUAGAUCAACCCCAUUGCAGAAGAGUCAAGUGGUUAAACUUGUACGAGAUAAACUAAAAGUCAUGUCUCUGGCAAUUGGUGAUGGGGCGAAUGAUGUUAGUAUGAUUCAAGUUGCUGAUGUUGGAAUUGGUAUUUCUGGCCAGGAAGGCAUGCAGGCAGUGAUGUCCAGUGACUUCGCGGUUUCAAGAUUUAAACACCUUAGCAAACUGUUACUGGUUCAUGGCCAUUGGUGUUAUACACGAUUAGCUAAUAUGAUUCUGUAUUUCUUCUACAAAAACCUUGCCUUUGUCAACUUACUGUUGUGGUAUCAGUUGUUCUGUGGAUUUUCUGGCAGUACAAUGACUGACUACUGGAUUCUCAUUUUCUUUAAUCUACUUUUUACCUCUGCCCCUCCAAUUAUCUAUGGAAUUUUGGAUAAAGAUGUGUCUGCAGAGACACUCCUACAGUUGCCCGAGCUUUACAGAAAUAGUCAAGCUUCUGAGACAUACAACACAUCUACAUUCUGGUGGACCAUGCUGGAUUCAUUUUACCAGAGCCUGAUUUGUUUUUUUGUUCCAUACUUUAUACAUGCAGAUUCUGAUAUAAGCGUGUUCUCUUUUGGAGUUCCUAUAAAUACAUCAGCACUGUUAAUCAUCCUAUUGCAUCUUGUUUUAGAAAGCAAGUCUCUGACAUGGAUCCAUGCAGUUAUCUUAAUUGGAAGUGCACUCUUCUAUUUUGUAUUUGCACUAGUCUUCGGUGUCACUUGUGUCAACUGUAACUCUCCAUCCAACACUUACUGGAUCAUGGAAAAGCAUAUGUCUGAUCCAGUCUUCUACUGUGGAUGCAUUUUAACGACUGUGCUGGCACUACUACCAAGACUUGCGUACCAUUGUAUUCAAAACAGUGUUUAUCCUACUCUCAUAGUUAAAGCUGCUCAGCUUGACAAGCUGACUCCUGAGGAGCGAAAUCGAGAGAUUGAGGAAUGGAAGUUUUCUCAGGACGCAUGCUGCCUCCUUGAUCCGGUAGAUUUUUUGACUAACCCCUCAGUAGAUGACUCUGUGUCCUUGAAGGAAUGUAGUAUUAUCAGUGCUUCUUGUAGCUUACCUUUAAAUGAUUCCUUCUCUAUGAGUAUAGAAGAUUUGGGAGAUGUUUCUGUAACAGUCUCAGACGGCAUAGGCACACAGAAAAGCAGUUUAAGGGAAACCCCUGCAGAUCUUCCUAGUGCCCAGCUUUCACAACCUGAUUCUGACUCUGUGAUCACAAAUUGUUAAUUCAGAACUGCAGGAGUGAGCUGAUUCAUUACAAGUCAAAUGCCACAUAUGCCAUCAAGCCUUCUAGAAGUAUUAUUUCAGCGGUCCAAAUUUAAAACCUGAAAAGAAGAAACUGCUUUUUAAAAUGUGCUAUGUGCUUUAUUUACUCAGCCAGUGCUGUCUUUUGAUACUCAAGUCUUCAGAUAUCAAGAGGCUAGAAAGAGCUUAUUUUAAUGUUAUAUUUUGGUAAAAAUGACUACUAUUUUAACAGCUAAAAAAAUAAUAAGCUGUUUUUGCACACUUUCUAUUUUUCUACUGGCAAAUAGAACAUUCAUGUAGCAUUCAUUUUUCAAGGAAUAGGAAUGCUUUUAAAAUAUAUAUUUAUUUUUGCUUAGUGUAUACUGUUAAAAUUGUAAAUCACAUCAAAAUUUUAAGAUCAAAUUAUUGAGAAAUUUGGGUUUUUAUUAUAAUUACAUAAAAUUAAAAGUCUGUUUACUACAAGUUUAUAGUUUUAUGUUGUUUAUAUUUCUUCAUUGGAGAAUAUUCUUUAUUAGCUGGAUGUUAUUGCCGUUUUAUUUAUACGACGGUAGUAGCAACACCAGUUCGUGAAAUGACAGACAUGUGACUUGCUCUUCUAAGUUUGUUUCUGUGCUCGUCUUAUAUAAAACACUUUAAUACUGAGAUAUUUAAAAAAUUAGAAAACUGUCAUUUAUUUUAACUACCAGAGAUGUAUGAUCUAGAAUUAGCUGCAAAAUGAGAUACUUUGUGUAAACAGUCUUUUUGCUUGUAAAAAUGUAAUUUGUUUUAUAUUUGGAUGUUUUUAUGUACCUAUUUAUUAAGAAAAAUAAAGAGCAGUGCUUUAAUGUA